GCCACAGGCAUUUGAUACAGAUGAUUCGCAAGGUCCGGAACAUGAGUCAAACGAGACUGUCACACGAGCUCGGGGGCGACCGUUCGAGACAUGCGAGAAUUUCUCACACUAAGAGGCGGAGAACUAAGAACGAUUCGUCGAUGGAGUAGGCCUCAAGGCUCAGGGCCAGUAACCAUAGAGGUUGGGUGAAAAGGUAGAGAAUCUUUUCCUGGGACAUACUAUGUCCGUCGGGUUGUUCGUAAAGCGGAGACCACUUGCAAUAACUCGUUAGUUUCGACUCUGAGAGCUCUCGCACUUUGAGACCAGCCUUAUUCCUCAUGGACUACACUGUUAUCUCUACUGUUUCUUAUGCUACCACGCUCGAGCUCCUUCUGGCCCUACUCUGGCUUUUCCUCGAGCUCUACAAUGCACGUGAAACGAAGAUGUUUUUACAAUCAUUCACCGGAGAAAGAGAACACAACUGACCUGGUAGGUGUGACAUAUGUGCCGAAUUCAAAGGUGAUAUCGUUGGAAAUUUAAAAGCACACGGUACACAAAUCUCAAUCAUGAGCAACUACAAAUAGAGCAUAAAUCGGAAGAGUACAAAGGGCAGAAUCGAGAAAAGAAAGGAAUAUAUACGAGAGAAAGAGAUCGCAGGUUAGACUUUUGUGGUCCGAUACUUCCAUUAUAAGAACGUGCCUUUUGCACUUUUAGAUGCAUUCUUCUUGAGACUACAAGUCAAUAAAACUAGUAUAAGGGUGAUGCAAAAAAAAUCAUAUGAUCUUGCAAAGAGACACUGGACAGGAACUGAUUACGUACAGUUGUAUGGUCCACUCUAAUUCGCAUCGCAGGGAUCCAAAAGUGGGGCCAGACUUAACUCAGACUUGGUCAAUCAGACGAUGCGCAAGACGGGCAUGCAGAUUCUGCGGCCGAACUUGGAACUGCAUUGUCGUGGAUUACCGUCCUUUUCAGAUCUUUAUGUAGUCACGGAGCACCAAAAUAUUCUCCCGGAAGGAUACUAACGAACUGUAUAACAUCGACAUUCAGCCGAGGAUGUCAAGGAAUGUCGAUGUCAUGAACUAACAUGUUAUCGAAGAACUGCCCACUAACAGGCUCUUGGCAUUUUAUUUCACAUCUCCUACAACUUCUCACACAUUCCCAAUGCGUGAGAAAUGUACAAGAUGAAUACAGAUUAAAGAGAAUCAAGAGAAUCAAGAGAAACAGAUUUCGCUUUUCUCCUGACAGGAUUCGAGCAUGCAAUCUGUGGAAGUAACGGACAAUCCAAAGUAGUGACACUGGCAUGAUAUUCGUCCUCUCUGUAAUUCCCACCGAGACUUGAUGCUUCAAGAAUCCCAACAAACUAAAGGGUCCGCUCCAACACUUACCAUCCAUAGACAGUGCCAACCAAAGUCAAGCGAUUGACUGCAAGUCGGAACAUAGAGUCUGACUCCUAGAUUACAGACUCUCAUCUCAUAUUCCUCUCUUUUUUAGUUACGAACAUCUUACCGGUAUUGCUUACUGCCAUUGCUGUACAAACAAGUCAUAAUGUCUUGUUGGUGUCAGAUCCUAGGCUAAUGCUAUCUCAGACCACUAAUAAGCAGCCAGUAACCAAGGUUGAUUGUGGCAUUGCACGUCAUCCCUCCAACCAUGCCAAUGCGAGCCAUUCAUACAUGAGAGUCAUCAACUGAAUAAUUGCAGCAAGAAUGAAUAGAACAAUCUGGAAUCGUGAACCGGAUCGUUGUUGAUACUCUCCACGUUCCGAUGUUCGACGCUGCACCAAAGCUGGUCGAGAGCAGACAGAGUAAGCGACUAUGCAACUGGAGUUCUGACCAGAGCGUGAGAUGGAGCGGCUGCAGCUCGCAGUUCUCGAAGCAGAUCCUGAAAGGUUUCGGGCCGACUGGAUAAGGACGCUUCGUUGCAAUGCAACGCAAAGCUGCAGGGGUCACGGUACAUUCUGCCACAAGGGUACAUGCCUCAGCAGCAGAACCCGCGAGCUGAAUGAUGACACUGUCUACAGCGGGUCACCGGAUCCAUGUACACCUGCUAAGCCCGUUGCUUUCAAAAGGAUACCAUUCCACCAAUUGUCCACCGGUGAUUGAUCAGUAAGAAGCUGACACGCCGGCAACUUUUGCGUGAGAAGCCUUUACGGCACGACGACAGUAAUGAACAUUCUCUCAAAGCUGACAGGAAAAACGAAACGGGAAGUUACUGAAAGCUUCGAUCUAGGUGAGCGCCUCGCAUCGCCAGCGGCCAUAAGUGCACCUCCGGAAUAUGGAAUCUACACUUUCCAUAUGACAUAUCUCAGAUAUGAUAUCUGUUAUCGCAGAAAUCAAGUGAAGGCCGUAGGCACCAUUAUACGUACGUAUUACAUUCUCC